UCAAAACUAUUGCACAAAAAUAAACACGGACACAAAUUCUGACGAAACUUUACGAGAUUGCGAAUAAAGAAAUGUUAAAGUGGGGGUCGAGAGUGUAAAAGUGAAAAAGUGGAAAUGUCCCUGUCUAAGCUUAGUCGGGGCGUGGGUGGUGUGAUCUGGGGGCGAGGGGGUCCUAGUCGUCUCCUUCCACUCCUCCGGCGACUGAAGGUUAACAAUCCUCACGGCAGUAGAACAUUGCAAAGUUGUUCUGCUAGGUUGCCGUUGAUACGUCGUCUUGACCUUUGUGACACUUUUGUGGGUCUUGAGAAAGUCAUCAUCCGAGAAGCUCGACAUCUGCUGAACAGCUUGGGUCUAGUUAGUCAGGUUGAAGGGACGAAUCUCAAGAUUCCUCCCAUUUUCUACUCAUCCGCACCACGACCCCCUCAGAAGCACGAGGGGAAGGAGUCGACAGGCCAGGAUGGGGAUGGCAGCAGCAGUGGGGGGAACGGGAACAAGAACGACGGGGAGGACAAACUCUCAUCUCUUUUGUUCAAGGCAUUCCUGUGGAUGCUCACCGCCUACUUCUUCAUUGCUGUAAUUUCCCUCAUUUUCCCCAGUACAAACCAACCAGAAAUUGUUAGAUAUGUUUCCUGGAAUGAAUUUCUACAUCACAUGUUAGCCAAAGGCGAGGUUGAGGAAAUUAUCAUCCGACCAGACAUGAACAUUGUCACCAUCAUGCUCUAUGAUGGAGCUGUGGUGAAAGGACGCAGGGUGGAACACAAAACGUAUCACAUGAACAUUGUCGACAUGAGCAAGUUUGAGGCGAAAUUACGUGAAGCGGAGGAGCGUUUAGGAAUUGGUCAGGAGCGACGCGUCCCUGUGGUUUAUGAGAGAACGUCCGACACUGCUGGGAAGCUUCUGGCUUCGAUUCUCAUCGUUGGACUGCUUCUCGCUAUCAUCACACGCUCAAAAACGUUCAAGAGUCCCAUCAGCAUGGACUCCUUUAUGCAAAUGAGUAAAGCUCGGUUCACGCUAGUGGACUCGUUGAGUAGGUCAGGAAAAGGAGUAAAGUUUGCGGAUGUGGCUGGAUUGAACGAGGCUAAAACGGAAAUUAUGGAAUUCGUUGACUAUCUCAAGAAACCAGCAUUCUACAAAAGUUUAGGGGCAAAGGUUCCUCACGGUGCUCUUCUUCUAGGUCCACCUGGCUGUGGAAAGACGAUGUUAGCCAAAGCUGUGGCUACGGAAGCCAACGUCCCCUUUUUAUCUAUGAAUGGGAGCGAAUUCAUAGAAAUGAUUGGUGGCCUUGGUGCAGCAAGAGUCAGAGAUUUAUUCAAAGAGGCCAAAAAACGAGCUCCUUGCAUCAUCUACAUUGACGAGAUUGACGCUAUAGGGAGGAAACGGAGCGGUGCGGGAAGCGCGGGUGGAUCCACGGAUGGUGCCGCCGGUGAAGGAGAACAGACGCUUAAUCAACUCUUGGUGGAGAUGGAUGGGAUGGCCACAAAGGAAGGGGUCUUCGUACUGGGCUCAACAAAUAGAGCGGAUGUACUCGACAGGGCGUUGUUGCGGCCAGGUCGAUUCGAUCGUCAUAUUCUAAUAGAUUUGCCCACUUUAGAAGAACGGAAAGAAAUUUUCGAGCAACAUUUGAAGGGAAUUAAACUGGAGUCUCCAGCAAAUAAGUACUCCCGACGAAUGGCUCAGCUCACUCCUGGCUUUAGUGGGGCGGACAUUGCGAACGUAUGCAAUGAAGCUGCUCUAUUUGCCGCUCGUCACAAGCAAAAGUUGGUCAAGGGCUCGGAUUUAGAAUACGCAGUGGAGCGCGUCGUUGGAGGAACAGAGAAACGUACUCAGGUCAUGUCACCAGAAGAGCGUGAAGUGAUUGCCUACCAUGAGUGUGGACAUGCGUUAGUGGGCUGGAUGCUAAAGUCUACAGAUGCCUUGCUUAAAGUUACCAUCGUCCCUCGAACCAAUCAAGUGCUUGGAUUUGCCUCUUAUAUGCCACAAGAUCAGAAGCUAUUCAAUAAGGACGAGUUGUUUGAGAAAAUGUGCAUGAUUUUGGGAGGACGGGUCGCCGAGUCCAUAACAUUCAAUCGCGUCACUACUGGGGCAAAGAACGAUCUGGAGAAAGUUACUAAAAUUGCCUACGCCCAAAUCCGCCAGUACGGAAUGAAUGAGCGUGUUGGCCUUGUUUCCUUUGGGGAUGAGCAAACGGGGUACGGGUCCAAAAAACCUUUCAGUAAAAAUUUGGCCCACGUAAUGGACGAGGAAGCAAGACGACUCGUAUUUCAAGCUUACAAAAAGACUGAAGAGGUGAUUUUAGAACAUCGCGAAAAGUUAGAAAAGCUCGCCCUCGCGCUUCUGGCAAAGGAAACCCUAAACUACAGUGACAUUGAGGGCUUGAUUGGACCACCACCAUUUGGCGACAAGAAGCUCAUCGGUCCUGAAGAGUUCGAAGUGGCGGUAAAUGAGGCGAGCGGCGUUCCGUCCAGUACUCCGACCAGUGAGGAACCUCCCUCGUCACCACCAUCAGCCUCGGAAGAGACGAAACAGGCAGCGUAGGUUUACUAUAUGCACUCUGCUGGGUGAUGUAUGGUGCUGAAGAGGAGUAAGAAGACAAAGAGUGCCUCAUGAUAAUGAACUCUUAUUGUUGUUCAACAGUGAUCACUUCAUUUCUAUUUUAUGUAUUGUAUUGUUGCCAGCAGCCAACUAGUCUACAAAAUAGUGCUAGUGAUAAGUGUAGACUAAAAUAGAGUGGGUCUUGUGAGCUGUUGUUUUCGUUGUUGAUCAAGUGAGCCAUGAAAUAAAAUCCAUUAAGUCAUAAAAGGGUCUGAAGUGGA